CGUUUCACAUAAUAUACACUCACACAUAUGUGAACCCGUGUGCCGAUGUGUUGUUCUUUUUUUUUCUUCCCCUUCUUCUAUUGUUUUUUUUUUCAUUUGACAUAUUUGUAGAUUUUUUUUUCCUCUCCCCGUCACCGGUUUCCUGCUUCCGCGUUUACUUGCCGAUUUUCUUGGAGUACACGCACACAGACAGUCGGCUCUAUAGUCAUUUGCGUUACGAUCAGGGAGACUAUUUUCAUCCAAAAAAUGUGCGACGACGACGUGGCCGCCCUAGUGGUCGACAACGGCUCGGGCAUGUGCAAGGCCGGCUUUGCCGGCGACGACGCUCCCCGCGCCGUGUUUCCAUCCAUCGUCGGCAGGCCCCGCUAUCAGGGCAUAAUGGUGGGCAUGGGGCAAAAGGACUCGUACGUGGGUGACGAGGCCCAAUCGAAGCGCGGAGUGCUCACGGUCAAGUACCCCAUAGAGCACGGCAUCGUCACCAACUGGGACGACAUGGAGAAGAUCUGGCACCACACGUUCUACAACGAGCUCCGCAUCGCGCCCGAGGAGCACCCGGUCCUCCUGACGGAGGCGCCCCUCAAUCCCAAGGCCAACCGCGAGAAGAUGACGCAGAUCAUGUUCGAGACCUUCAACUCGCCGGCCAUGUACGUGGCCAUUCAGGCGGUGCUCUCGCUAUACGCCAGCGGACGGACGACCGGCAUCGUCCUCGACAGUGGCGACGGGGUAUCUCACACUGUACCGAUUUACGAGGGGUACGCUUUGCCGCACGCCAUCCUCCGUUUGGACCUCGCCGGCCGUGACCUGACCGAUUACCUAAUGAAGAUCUUAACCGAGCGCGGCUACUCUUUCACGACGACAGCAGAGCGGGAAAUUGUUCGCGAUAUCAAAGAGAAGCUUUGCUACGUCGCUCUGGACUUCCAGCAAGAGAUGGCCACUGCAGCCGGUUCGAGUGCUCUUGAAAAAAGCUACGAAUUGCCAGACGGACAGGUCAUAACGAUCGGCAACGAGCGCUUCCGGUGCCCAGAGGCGAUGUUCCAGCCCUCGUUUCUGGGCAUGGAAUCCAGCGGAAUCCACGAAACAACCUACAACUCGAUCAUGAAGUGCGAUGUCGACAUCCGCAAGGAUCUCUACGCUAACUCUGUCCUCUCGGGUGGUACCACGAUGUAUCCAGGCAUCGCGGACCGCAUGCAGAAGGAAAUUACGGCGCUCGCACCUUCCACGAUGAAGAUCAAGAUAAUCGCACCUCCAGAGAGGAAGUACUCGGUAUGGAUCGGUGGCUCAAUCCUGGCCAGUUUGAGCACCUUCCAGCAAAUGUGGAUCUCCAAGCAGGAGUACGACGAGUCUGGGCCCUCUAUUGUACACCGCAAAUGCUUCUGAGCUCUUUCACCAUUUGUUCAUUUCGUUUUCGUUGCGAUUGAAAAAAAAAAUAAUUUUUCAAUUUUAUAGGUAGAUACCUGAGAAAUAUUGGUGUUACUCUUGAGAUAUUUAUAUAUUUCUGUGUUAU